AGAAGCCACCACUUUUGGCAUUGCCCGUCAUGGAGAAGACUAGACAUCUUUCUCAGCCAAACUCCGGAAGGAAAGAUAUAUUGCAUGGAAAAUUAUCAGGAUUUGAUAGCAACUCACCAAGUCCAACAGAGGCAGAGAAGAAAUGGCAGUUCUCAUCUGGUCUACCAAAUUUACCGCCAAGACUGCAGAAGAAAAGACGUAGUUUUGAGAACACCAGAGUGAAUCAUCCACCACUUUUAUCUGAACCAAGUUGGGAUGAUGAAGUUGAUGAUUAUGCUGAACCAUUUGUUCCAAAUUUUGACCCCAGGAGGCCUUUAGAAUCUCAUAUUGGUAAACAAUCUGUUGACACUUUAGAAGAAAUAACAUUACCAGAGAAAAGAAAAACAGAAGAUGUGAAAGUAGAUGGAGAGAAAGAAAAACAGGAAGAGGAUGAAGACUGGUGUCAGGUGACCAAAAAGAAAAGGAAAGAAACCAAACCAUCAGAUGUUAAGAAACCAGCUACUGCCAGUAGGAUACGACACAAAUCUGCAGCAGACAAGACAACCAAGAGCAAUAACUUUGACAGACUUGUUCAGAUGUUAAUGGAAGUCUAUACAGGACUUACAAGGUCACAGGUUAUGGAUGUUAUUCAAGAGGUACGAGUGGUCAGGGGUGGACUCAGUGGUCUGACCGUUAAAGAAAUCAUGGAGAUAGCCAGGACAGUUAUAAUAAAAAAAUAUGAACACAAAAUGACAAAUAACCAGAGACCUAUGCAGGCAUCAGAUGUCAAAGGCAAGACAUCAACAAUGACUGGCAGGAGGAAGGCGGAGCUUCAAAAUAUUGCCACUGGUCAUCCCUCCAAUCAGGUCACCAUGGAAACAGUUGAAGAGAGAGCCAAUCGGAUAAAAGUAUACAAUGCCAUGAAGGCCAAUCAAGCUUUACACACAUCAGAAAAAAUGAUUGAUGAUGAAGAUGAUAUAUGUGUGAUUUGCCAUGAUGAGUUGUCGUAUGGAGAGACUAAGAUGUUAGACUGUAAACAUGAGUUUCAUACUGAGUGCAUCAGUAAGUGGGUAUAUGAAAGAGAAAGAACCUGCCCAACAUGUAGGGGGCAUGCCUUGUUUGAAGAUGACUUUCCCAAGCUGGGAAACUAAAAAUAGCGUAUGUUCUGCAGAAAAAGAGCAGAGGUGAAAGGUCAAGCUAUGAAUCCAGACCUGUGGAGAAAGUUCGUGCAAUAUGCUGUUUCUGAAGACGGUGGCCAAGAUAGGUUGUCAUAUUAAUGUUUCAAAAAGUUAACCAUGGUCUGUCAGUUUAUAGAAUUAUGUAGAAUGUUAUGGGGUAAAGGUUUAAACAGUUUUCAAACUGAUAAAGAAUCGUGCAUGAUGCUGAGUGUAAAAGUUUGAAAGAUCUCUCAUCCACUGAUAUAUAAUUAUGCAGAAAUAAUGUCAAAACAAUUUAUAAAAGAUUUUAAAGCCUCUCUCUCUCUUUCUUCUAUUAUGUAUAAAUAAUGUUGAUAUAAUUUUGAAUUGUAAAGAUUCUUUCUCUCUCCUUUGAUAUAUAAUUAUGUAGAAAUAAUGUUAAUACAGUUUUAAAGAUUCACUUUUUCAUCCCCACAAGUUGAAAAUUAUGGGAAUUGUAAUUUUCAACAAUAAAGUUUAAAGGUUUUCUUCACAACUGUUAAAAAAACCAUUCACAACUGUUCAAAAAUUAUUGGGAAUGUUAAGAAUGAAAUUUGAAAGUAAAUUUUGUUUAAGAAUAUUUGAUAGAUGUGAAUGAUGGUAACAGAAAAAAGAUAAAGGGAGACGUAUAUUUUGACUGUAAUUUGUAUGGAAGUAGUUUAAUUGAUCGCUUACUUACAUGCUUUGGUUCUUUUUGUUAAAAUACCAACCAUUUUGUGUUCACAACUAUAUUAUCUUUUUGUUUACAUAUCAGAUUAUUUGUAAGAAGUGUGUUACCUCUAACUCUUUGUAAAGUUGAUGACUAUGUGACAUAUCUGUUGUAACUGGUGACAAAUAAUCUUUUACAAUUCAAGUUCAUGAUUAAGUUAACAAAUAUUUCAUGGCCCAUUGCAAUGUAUUAUAUAUAGAUCUGAUAAGUUGGUACUGAGGAUAAAUAUAUGACUUGUGUUGCUUCUAUGGAGAAAAUGAUAUCCACUGUUUUUGUAUAUGUAAUAAUUUUGCACACUUUAUCUGGUUUGAUACAAAAAAAGUGUAAAUGUGUAUUAAAAAGUAUUUACAUUUUUGACAAAGUAUGUGCUAUUUGUUUUCUAUUGAAGUAAUAGUUGUUUAUUGCCUGACUUUUUAGCAUUAUGUUAAGUUGGAAUUCUGAUAUUUUAUUUUGUACUCAUUGUUUUUCUUUUCUUCAGUGAUGUUUAUAGACACAUACACUUUGCUUUUUAGUGCUAGUCAAAACCUCUCUUAGUUUUAAUACCCCUUUUGAAGGAUAUUAUAACUAUCUUAUUGCUUUAAAACAUAUAAUUAAAAAAAAAAUUGACCAAUAGACAUAUAAUGUUAAAGAUCUGGAGCUAUAAUUAAUGGCAAAAAAAAGUUUUUUCAUAACAGUUUCUUGUGUAUAAUUCGGAGUUUAGUAUGACGUCCAUUAUCACUGUACCAGUAUACAUAUUUUUAAGGGGCCAGUUGAAGGACUCCUAUGGGUGCGGGAGUUUCUCACUUCAUUGAAGACCCAUUGGCAGCCUUCAACCGUUGUCUGCUCUAUGGUCGGGUUGUUGUCCCUUUGACACAUACCCCAUUUCCUUUCUCAAAUUGAUGUUCUUCUUUUUUUAGGUUAAGACUUUUAUUUAACAUAUCUAGUUCUUGCAUAUAUUAAAUUAUUGUAUUGAGAUAAGAUGGUUGUGUUAUCCGUUUCAUUUUGUGAAUCAUUAAAUAUAGUAAUUAUCUAAAAUGAUAAUGAGAAAAUGUUUGAGCCAGCUUUUAUUGAUAGACAUCAGAAAAAAACUUUCAUGAAAAGAAAAUCUCAUAUUAAAUUAUUCCAUCUAAUUUCAUUAAUAAUGGUAACUUGAUACCCUUUUUCAGAAUUUGUUUGUUUUUAUGGGCAUUAUGUUUUCUGGUUAGUGGCUCCAGGUUAAAGUUUUUGGUCAAGGUAGUUUUUGAUUCAGUUGAAGUUUAAUCAACUUGAAACUUAGUACUCAUGUUCCCUAUGAUAUGAUUUUUCUAAUUUUAAUGCCAAAUCAGAGAUUUCCCCCCAGUUUUAUGGUCCACUAAACACAGAAAAUGAUAGUGCAGAUGGGGCAUCUGUGUACUGUUGACACAUUCUUGUUUCAUAUUUAUUUUGUCUGUGGGCUCUGUCCAGACUUUUCUGUAAAUAUCAAUCUAUUUAAAAUCAGGAAAGAAUGAAUUAAGAAGACAUACAGAUUAGAAAACAAUGAAAUUUAACAAUUGUAAAAUUGCACAGAAGUGAGACAUAAGUCAACUGUUUAUGGAUACACAGCUUAAUCUUAGACAUAAGAGAAAUUGAUUCAUUAUUUUAUACUGUAUUUUCAGAAUUUUUUGCGAGAUUUUUAUUAUUACAGAAAAAUGUGACACAGUACUAAUAAUAAAGCACUUUUUACAAUCCAGAUUAUGAUAAUGAAUAUUAUUAUACUUCACGUUAAAAUGCCAUAUUUUGAUUGGCUAAUACGAGGGUGUCAUUUUACUCUAUCACAUAGCUGAGAGGGUGACAAUUUUUUUGAAUGUUACCCUCUUGUCUCAACCAAUCAAAAAUCGACAAUUUAAAGGACAAUGGAUUGAAUUUACAUCAAGUAGUUGAAUACAAUGCUUAAGUUUGACGUUUUGGAUCAAAUUUUAUUAUUUAACUGUCAAAAUAAAAAAAAAAACAUCUUGUUGUUUAUUUCUAAUACUCGUAACGUUGUUAUGUACGUGACGUCAUAGAAAAUCCUUUUGAAAUAAAAUUUAUCUGUAAAAGACAAAAAUGGUAGGACGUUCAGUAUAAUAAAUUAAAUAACACAUAGCUGAGAGGGUGAUAGAGCAGAUUGGUACCCCUUGAAAAAGCAUUGUCAACCUUGGCUUCGCCGCGGUUGACAAUGUUUUCUCGGGGUACCAAUCUGCUCUAUCACCCUCUCAGCUAUGUGUUAUUUAUAUAAUGUCACAUUGAUAAUUUACCAUGCCAUAUUGUAGAAAAUUUUCAUAUAUUACAAUUUAUUUAUGUCACAAUAAUGAACCAUCUGAAAUGUGUAAGGGAAAACAUUUGUAUAAAAAAUUUUGUUUUAAAAAGUGUCAUUGUUGUAUUAUUUUUUUUUAUGUUUCUACAUCAAGAAGAUGAGUUUUAUUAUGUUAAAGUUUGAACCAGUGACCUUUUUUUGGCAAGUUUUUGCCUUGUGUCAGUGUUCUUAAAUUGAUUUUUUUUUUUUACAUUUUUUGUGUGGCUUAAAUACAAUGUUAAGUAUAUUUCAAAGUAAGCUUAAAUUUAUGGAUAAAAAUGUGUUGGGUCUAACAGCUAUCUGUCUGUCUGUACAAGAGAUGGGACAAAUCACUUCACUGCCAUUAAUUGGUUCUUUUAUUGAUUGAAAUUAACUUAAACCUAUUCCCUCAAAAAAUAGUAAUAUACGGUUAUUGCAUGAAUAUUGGGGAAUAUUGUCCCGAGUGGAAUUUUAUUUUGCACGAGCUUGUGAGUGCAAUAUAUGUUCUACGAGGGACAAUAUUCCCCAAUAUUCAUGCAAUAACUCCUUUAUUGUAUAGCAAUAUAAUAUUUGAAAGUAAAAAUUGGUUUAAACUGAAGAUUUGUUGUUGAUGACGUCAUAAAUUUUGAAGAUUUAUUGCACGCUAACUUUAGGUUACUUUCUGUGGGAAAUAUUAAAUUGCUAUACAAUAAUAUGAUUUCCAUUAUUAAAUUAAUAAUUGCACUCUAUUUUAUUUCUUUUUGUCAUCAGUUAUGAAUAAAUUUGCUGAAAUUAUUUGAGUAAACUUUUUAAGGUGGGACAUAAAAGGACAAAUAUCUCUCCAACAGCCUUAGAUUUCUUGUUUCUGAUUUUUAUUAAAAACUUAUUUUACAAUGUCAUUUUUAAGAUUUAAUAAAAA